UUACGGCAGCUAUGUUCUCUGCUUGAAGCACGAGUCAACCGCUAUUUGACCCCUUUUGAGCCCGGCGACAACAGCCGGCCUGGAGACUACCCACGACUGACGCAACUCAUGCAGUACCUUCGUACAGCUAGCUUGUCUCCGCUUAUUCCCCUGCAACUCAUUCCACGUUGUAGAUCUAUGGAAUCUAAUGGAUCUAUUAGACCUACCCCAAUUCAGUUCCUCUUCAACAUCGCAGAGGAUACAGUAACUGCAGAUGCUUUUAUUGCCUCCAUUGUCCCAGGACAGGGUUUACCUGACAUAAAUACUAUGAAGCGAAUGAUAGCAUCUGCUGAGACAAUGAUACAUGGUCUCCGUUCCUUUAGAAACUUUGUUGAUGGACUGCAGUCUUCUCCUUCUAAAACUCCACCAGGCAGCACUGAAACUCAAUCGAGGGAAGCUUCUGUAUCCAUCCAGCCAUUUCCAAUGUUUGCUUUGAUCCAAAAGUUUCGCCAGCAAACAACGAUAGCUUACCGCGCAAUCCUGUCCCACGUUGAAUAUUGCACCGAUAGCAAGCCUACAGAGCACAAUGUUCUACUCCAGCUGCCGAGAUGGGAAGAUAUCUCAAAUGACGAAUCUCAAAACAUGAAAGGCAAUUCGCCAACUCAUUUAUUCUUCACAAUAUGCUCAAACAAAUGGCAGCUUGCAAGAAUGUCAUUUCUUCUGCCGGAGCAUAGCAGGUCGUUCAGAAAGCGAACGCUUUACAAAGCUCUGAGUGAUUCCUACGAUGAUGAGAUGGAUCUAGAAUUCUACAUUCCAGAUGAUUACAAUGACGCAGAGCACACCGACAUACGGUUCCAUGUUCCCGUAAGAUUAAACGGAGCGCGGAGAUAUGGCAAGAGUGUUCCGAGUCAAGAUGAUAGCCUUUGGUCUUUGAUCGAACGAGGCUACUUCGCAAAGCAACCCGGCAUAGACUUAUGGAUCGAUGACGACAGCAGCACCAUCAUUAACACAAACCAGCGUAAGACGCUGGCAAUCAGCCUCGUUCUUGGUUUGAUGUUGUCUAUCGACUGCAGCCACAAUCUCGACGUAUGGGACCCAAAGAAUAUCCAUUUCUUAAAGCCUAUAGACAAAGAUUACACCCCGUUUAUCUCUAUCCAUGGAAAUAACAGCGCAAGCGUUCGAAAUCGGCUUUCGAUUGCCGGAUUGCACUCUCGUUAUACCAUCGAUGAAGAUGAGGAGAAUUUGAGACCAAUGCCCCAGUUCAUGUUGUUAGCGAAAGCUUUAAUGCAAAUUGCGUGGGGAGACUGUCUUCGGUCGAUCAAGGUACCGGAAGGCUCUCAAAGUGCUUUUAUGGAUCCAUGGAAAGAACUUCGGGGCGGAGUCAGCUCAUACUACCAGAAGAUGAAAUGUGAUUCAGAAGGUAGUCGGGAAUCAUUGCCCUUUCUGGAGGCUGCCCUGGGUUGCUUGAACUUCCACAAAGAUUAUCAGGUCCGCUUGAGAGGUGCUAUGCCAAGUCAGGAGAUUGAAAUUGCGUGGCAAGUGAUCUUUGAUAAAAUUCUUCUCAAGAUCGACGCCAAUCUGGUUUCAAAAGGCCUCAGUAAAUCCAGCUCAGACUCCGCCACAAGCAACAAUUCUCUUGCCAUCAUCACGGAGGGGGCCACGAAAAUGAGUUUAUCGGUUCCAUAUGUUUCGGAUCAAACUCACGUCAAACUAUUCGACACAAAGCAGACGUCGAACCCUUCAGCGGCUAAUGAAUUCUGGCAACUCCUGGAGAGAUUCCACAGUUCAUCCUCGCGCUAUAUCUCUGAGCAUAGCACAUUAUCAGAAGUAGAUUUGCCUCGGCGAAUCCGCAUAGCAGUCCUUGAUACUGGCAUCGACUUUCAUCACUCAGCUAUCUUAGAAGCUAAAGAAAAGGGGCGCAUGAGUCCUGAAUGGUGCUACAGCUGGGUUGGCGAUAAAUCUAACGCACAAGACGAUGACAAUGAUUUACAUGGAACGAACUGCGCCUACCUCCUACAUAAAGUAGCUCCGGAAGCCGAUAUAUAUAUUGGGAAAGUGUUCGAACGAAACACUGUGAGACUCUAUGAAGCUGAAAACAUAGCCAAAGCUAUUGAAUACGCGACAAACGUGUGGGACGUGGAUAUUAUUUCCAUGUCUUUCGGACUGAUGCGUCCAAAAGCUCGGGGCGAUGGAAAUAAAGAUGAAGAACGCCUAGCCAUGGAAAGAUUCAAUCAGAUCGUCGACGACAUUGAAAUCGCGAUUCGAAAUUCGGCUAAUUUAUCUCGGAUCUUCUUUGCAGCAGCCUCUAAUAGUGGUAAGAAUGAACCACGAGCAUUCCCAGCAAGUUAUCAGCCCUGGGUAAUCUGCGUUCACGCUUCAGAAGGGAAUGGCGAAGACGGCGGCAUUAAUCCCGAGCUGGGAAAUGGAUUUAACCUUAUGACUCUCGGAAUGGGUAUAGAAUUGAUGGAGAGAGAGUGUGUCAUCAAAAAUGGAAAAACGACGAUUCACAAAUACAAGACGGUGAUCAAGUCAGGCACGUCGUUUGCAACACCCGUCGCCGCUGGUAUCGCUGCGAUAGUGCUGGACCUUGCAGCGCGUGUGAAAGAGAUUAACAGCCGAGCGAAAAGGAAAAUCAAAAGGCAUGAAGAGAUGGAAAAGAUUCUGCGGCUUAUGUCGACAGCUAAGGGUAAGGAGGAUGUCCGCGGCCGGCUGCACUACAUGGCUCCGUGGCUUCACUGGGAGAAUGGGUGGGAGAUAGAUGAGACUAAAUGCCGAUUGGUCUGGGACACAAUUAAC